AAGCAAGGUGUACUUUCAACAAAGUAUAGACAAGUAUGUCGCGCUGUCAAAAUGCAGUGCAUUGAACAGUACACUGUUUCCCCCUGAAAGGUCGAGAGCUGGAAGUAGAGUGCACGCUUAUCAAAAUUGCACUUAAGUACAGUGGCCUACUUGUUUUGAAUGUAAUGCGUCAUGAUGAUGAAACGUAAACCGCCGUUAUUGAAUCAACACGGAAGCGGCGCGUCGUGCGGGAGAGCCACCUGAGCCGCGCGCGCGCGCGCACACCCACACACACACACACACCUGCCCAAUGGUCUGACUAGACCGCGUCCCACUGCGCAUGCGUCACACAGCGAAGGGCUACACUGUCAUGGCGGUGACGAGCUGAAGCUACCGGGGUGAAUCAGGAAGCGAAUGCGGCGCAGCGGGGUUAACGUUGACGUCUGAAGACUUUCGCCGGGGAGGGACCAAGCGAACAGCACGUCCUUUUGUCGACUUCUGCCCGAGCUGCUGACGGACUUAACCCCCCCCCCUCCUCCCCCUCACCACCUCCUUCCCCCCCACACACCCCCCUUUUUUUUCUCCUCCAGUUUGUGAGUUUUUGCUUCUGCCCGAGCCGCGGUACCUGAGAAGUGUUUGGACUCCGCGACAAAAAGCAACUUCCACCGCCGCGACGGAGAGACUAAAGUCACCUCGACCCACGUUGGAACACGCCGAGGGGACGAGAGGUUGAGGGCGAGCUCUUCUUCACCUGCUUUCGCCCCCCCCCCCCCGCGCGCACACACACACUCCCCCCGUUACCUGCUGCAGACUUCCUCGCGGCUUUUACCGACAUUAAUCCGCCUGGGACCGGAGGACAGGAGUAGUUUCACUGAGGAGUGAAGCGAGGGGACACAUUUAUACACAUUCAGUCCUGCAACACGCUGUCUCUGCGCUUUUUAUAUAUAUAUAUAUAUAUAUAUUUUGCCCCGACUUUUUUAAAUGGGGAGAAACACGUUGAAGGGGACAUAAACCCCUCGAAGCUCCUGCGACGAUCGGCUCCCCCUUCCCCUUCCCCGACAACCCUCCGCAGGUGAACAGGUGCCUUACCUGUGUCCACCCCCCCCUCCCUCUUCCCUUUAGCAAAUGGCUAGCGAGGAGACGCCGGGCGCUGCGCAGCCGGGCGACGGACCGGACGCGGGACCCGGCGCCAUGGCGCUCAACCCGGCGGUGCCCAUCCGGGGUAUAAAGAUGAAAUUCGCCGUGCUCGCCGGCCUGGUGGAAGUUGGGGAAGUUUCCAACCGAGACAUCGUGGAGACGGUGUUCAACCUGCUGGUCGGCGGCCAGUUCGACCUCGAGAUGAACUUCAUCAUCCAAGAACCCGACAGCAUCGUGUGCAUGGUGGAGCUGCUGGACCAGUGUGAGCCCACCUGCCAGGCCGAGGUCUGGAGCAUCUUCACCGCCAUCCUCAAGAAGAGCGUCCGCAACCUGCAGGCGUGCACCGACGUGGGCCUCAUCCAGCAGGUGCUCCGGCGCAUCCAAACCACGGACAGCAUGAUCGCAGACCUACUGGUGGACAUGUUGGGCGUCCUUGCCAGCUACAGCAUCACAGUUAAAGAGCUGAAGCUUUUCUUCAGCAAGCUGCAGGGGGAGAAAGGCCAGUGGCCUCGUCACGCAGUGAAGCUUUUGUCAGUUCUGAAGUACAUGGCGCACAGGAACGGCCCCGACUCAUUCUUCAGCUUUCCAGGGAAGAAUGCAGCUGCUAUAGCUCUGCCUCCAAUAGCAAAAUGGCCGUACCAGAAUGGGUUUACGUUCCACACAUGGCUGCGCAUGGAUCCUCUGAACAACAUCAAUGUAGACAAAGACAAGCCUUACCUGUACUGUUUUCGCACCAGUAAAGGCAUGGGUUACUCUGCGCACUUUGUGGGUGGAUGUUUGAUAGUGACCUCGUUAAAAACAAAGGGGAAAGGAUUCCAGCACUGUGUAAAGUACGACUUCAAACCCCAGAAGUGGUACAUGGUGACCCUCGUUCACGUCUACAACCGCUGGAAAAACAGUGAGAUUAGCUGCUUUGUGAACGGGGAACUGGCUUCCUUUGGAGACAUCGCCUGGUUUGUCAACACCAGUGAUACGUUUGAUAAGUGUUUCCUGGGAUCCUCUGAGACGGCUGACGCCAACCGCGUGUUCUGCGGACAGAUGGGAGCGGUUUACCUGUUCGGAGAGGCGCUCAGCGCUGCUCAGAUCCUGGCUAUCUAUCAGCUGGGGCCGGGCUACCAGGGCACAUUCAAGUACAAAGCAGAGAGUGACUUACUGUUUGCGGAGCAUCACAAGACCUUACUGUAUGACGGCAAGCUGUCUUCUUGUAUUUCAUUCGCGUACAACCCUCGAGCCACAGAUGCCCAGCUCUGCCUUGAGUCCUCCCCCAAGGACAACGCCUCCAUUUUCGUCCACUCGCCCCACGCACUCAUGCUGCAGGAUGUGAAGGCCGUGGUGACUCACUCCGUCCAGAGUGGCAUACACUCUAUCGGGGGCGUGCAGGUGCUUUUCCCUCUGUUUGCACAGCUGGAUUAUUGCCAGCCUUCCAGCCAAGAGCUGGACACCUCUGUCUGCUGCACUCUGCUAUCCUUUGUGAUGGAGCUCUUGAAGAACUCUGUGGCUAUGCAAGAGCAGGUCCUCGCCUGCAAAGGCUUUCACGUCAUCGGCUACACUCUGGAGAAGUCCUCCAAGCUGCAUGUGACGCGGCCCGUCCUGGACAUUGUGCUGGCCUUUUCCAGAUACCUUAGCAACUUGCAGAAUGGCAUCUUGCUGCUCAAGCAGCUGUGUGACCACAUUCUGUUCAACCCCGCCAUCUGGAUCCAUGCCCCUGCCAAGGUGCAACAGACUCUCUACACCUACUUGGCCACAGAGUUCAUCAGCACAGUGACCAUCUACAACACCAUCCGCAGGGUGGGCACCGUACUUCAAGUCAUGCACACAAUGAAAUUCUACUACUGGGUCGUCAACCCUCAGGACCGCAGUGGAGUCGUGCCCAAAGGCUUAGAUGGUCCGAGGCCAAACCAGAGGGAGAUCCUUUCUUUGCGAGCCUUUCUGUUGUUGUUUGUCAAGCAGCUCAUAAUGAAGGAUCAUGGAGUGAAGGAAGAUGAGCUGCAGAGUAUCCUCAACUACCUCCUUACCAUGCAUGAGGAUGACAACAUCAUGGACGUACUGCAAUUGUUGGUGGCUCUGAUGUCUGAACAUCCGGGCUCGAUGGUCCAUGCCUUCGACCAGCGCAACGGGAUUCGAGUGAUUUACAAGCUUCUGGCCUCAAAAAGCGAAGGAAUAAGAGUGCAGACCCUCAAAGUGAUGGGCUACUUUCUGAAAUACCUGCCACCAAAGAGGAAACCUGAGGUCAUGCUGAGUCACGGCCUGUACUCCCUGCUCACUGAACGCCUGCUGCUGCACUCCAGCCAGUUCACCAUGACGACCUACAACGUGCUCUUUGAGAUUCUUACAGAGCAGAUCUGCACUCAAGUGAUCCAUAAACAACAUCCGGACCCCGACUCCACUGUGAAGAUUCUCAACCCACAAAUUCUGAAGAUAAUAGCCGCCCUGCUGAAGACCUCCCCCUCCUCCCCCGAGAGCAUGGAGGUGCGCAAGGUGUUCCUGUCCGACAUGAUCAAACUGUUCAAUAACAGCCGAGAGAACCGCAGGAGCCUGCUGCAGUGCUCGGUGUGGCAGGAGUGGAUGCUCUCCCUGUGCUUCAUCAGCCCUCAAAACAGCGAGGAGCAGAAAAUCACAGAGAUGGUGUACGCCAUCUUCCGCAUCCUGCUCUACCACGCCAUCAAAUACGAGUGGGGCGGCUGGCGCGUCUGGGUGGACACCCUGUCCAUCACCCACUCCAAGGUGACCUUCGAGCAGCACAAGGAGAAUCUGUCCCGUAUGUUUCGUCAGUACCAGAGUCAGGAGUCUGCGGGCUCUCUGCGCACCAUCUCCGGAGCCAGCCACAGCUCGGAGAGCAACGGGCCCCCCGCCGAGGAGACGGCCCCUUCCACCGUCAUCGAGCUCACGGUGGACGAGCCGAGCCACAAGUCCCACGAGUCGGCAUCCAGCUCCACCGUCACCUCCAGCCCGCCGCAGGCCGCCGGGGGGAGGGGACGCGCACCCAUCGCCAUGGGCAACAUCCUGGCCGGCAGAGGAGGAGAAGAAGAAGAAGAAGAAGAGCAGAAGUUGGUUCAGGAGUCUCCCAAGAACGACUCGGGUGACGAGGGACGAGAGACGGAAGCUACUGCCCCACAAAAAGACCAUGUGAAGGAACGGAGAGAGGAGGCUGACCAGCAGGAACCGGCGCCGGGGGCUUCCACCGACCAGGACGCGGACAGUGGGCAAACGUCAGCGAGCAGCCGGGCCCGAGCGGAUGACUCAGAAGCAGCGGGAGAAGUCAGAGACUCGGCGGCAACGCCCGCGGCCGACGAAACGCCCGCAAAGGAUGUCGGCCGCGGUGAAUCAUCAGGCGCUUUGAACGAAGCGGAGAUGGAACCGCCAUCGGUCUCGGGACAAGGCGAGGCUGACCAGACGCCCUCCGAGGCUGCGGCCGCUCCGGAGACCCUGGCGGACGUGUCCACCAUCGGUGACCACGCUGAGGACAGCCAAGGGGAGUCCUCCGCCUCCGCUGCAGCCGCAGAGGAAAGGGAAGAAGAAGAGGAGGAGGAACGUGGAGGUGAUGAAGAAGAUCGGGAAGGUCCCAAGAUGAAGACCGCAGAGGAAACGGAUGAGAAGCAGGAGGUUGGAACACAAGAAACUGAAGAGAAACAGGAGAGUCAGACUCCUCCACCGGGGGAAAGUGGGACAGAACCAGCCCAACAGCCCUCCUCCUCCGUCGCCACACCGCCCUCUUCAGGCCAGGAGGGCGCAGCAGCAGCAGCAGCAGCACCGGGCUGCGCCUCGCCAGGACAGCCUUCGGAGACCACGAACACCCCUGGCGAGGUCACUCUGCCCCCUCCCACGGACGGCACCCCCGCUGCCUCCACCUCGGAGACCAAGCAGACGAGUGCAGACCCCGUCAGCAAGACCAAAGAGAUCAAGAUCGCCCGACUAGAUGUGUCCAACGUGGCCUUAGACACGGAGAGACUUGAAUUAAAGGAGACCUCCACAACAGAAACAGGCCAAGACCAGUCAGCAGCAGCAGCAGCAGCAGCAGCAGCAGGAGGGUCUUCAGGUCAGCAGAGAGAGGGCAGCAGCACGUCGGCCCCUCGCUCCACGAUGUUUCGCAUCCCAGAGUUCCGCUGGUCCCACAUGCACCAACGGCUCCUCGCUGACCUGCUCUUCUCUAUUGAGACAGAUGUCCAGAUGUGGAGGAGUCACUCCACAAAGACGGUUCUGGACUUUGUGAACAGCAGCGAGAACGUUGUGUUUGUCCACAACAGCAUUCACCUCAUCUCCCAGGUGGUGGACAACCUCAUCAUGGCUUGUGGAGGCAUUUUACCUCUGCUCUCUGCUGCCACCUCUUCCUCCCAUGAGCUGGAGAACAUCGAACCAUCCCAAGGCUUGACGGUGGAGGCUUCCGUCACCUUCUUGCAGCGGCUCAUCAACCUGGUGGACGUUCUCAUCUUCGCCAGCUCCCUCAACUUCACAGAGAUAGAAUCCGAGAAAAACAUGUCGUCGGGGGGCAUCCUCAGACAGAGCCUUCGCCUCGUGUGUGCUAUGGCAGUGAGAAACUGCCUGGAGUGUCAGCAGGCCCAAUCCCAGCAGGGCGCAGAGGCGUCCGCGCGGCCCGGCGCUGCAGUCGGACCUUCAAUGUCUGCGGCGGCGCAGAGCCCCGUUGACGCAGUGACCGGUGGCGUAUCUUCUGUCACGGAGCUGGACCGGCUUCUGCAGGAGAUGGACAUCAACCGCCUCAGGGCCGUCGUCUUCAGGGAUAUCGAGGACAGUAAGCAGGCCCAGUUUCUGGCGCUCGCUGUCGUCUACUUCAUCUCAGUCCUCAUGGUGUCAAAGUACCGCGACAUCCUGGGGCCUCACAACGACAAGAGGCGCCCUCAACGAUCCCAGUCGGCCAGGAGCACAGAUAGCGGCGCCAUUUCUGGCAGGGUCGAAGUGGAGAACGGCGUCUCCCUCCGCCGGUACGACUCCGGCAUCGGCGACGACCACGCCUCCACCGCCGCCAGCGAGGCGGACCUGUCCUCCUCCUCCUCCUCCGCCGCGGCCCACGGCCCGGACGCCAUUUCGGAGGCUCUGUCCACGCUGUCUUCCGAGGUCAGACUGCCCGCCGAUUCAAAGGGCAAGAACGUGAAGGACAUCCUGCGCAGCCUGGUGAGCGCUCCGCCCGACGCCGCGGCGGACCCGGGUCUGCUGCAGCCGGCGUUUCUGGGAGGUGCGGGCGACGCGGCCAGAGACUCGUCACAGCGGUUCCGCUCCUUUGAUCGGAGUGUCGUCGUUGCUCCAAAGAAAGCGGGCACGGCACCGUCUCCGGGCGCUGCCGCCGCCGCCGUCCCAGCAGCCACCGCUGCUUCUUCUGUGUCUGGCGGGACGCCCAUCGACGGCGUCGCCGUGGUGUCCUCUGGCGACGCGUCACAGAGCGCCUCCGCAGACUCGGCGGCUAGCGGCCAGGUUCCAGCCAGCGCUAGCCUGCCAUCUGUCCCCCCACUCUCCCCCGUGACCCAGAACACAGCCCCCAAUAUGAGUAUCUCAGAACGUCUGGAGAACGCUCUGGAGAAGGCAGCUCCUCUGCUCCGAGAGAUCUUUGUGGACUUUGCUCCCUUCCUCUCGCGGACUUUGCUGGGCAGCCACGGACAAGAGCUCCUUAUUGAGGGCACAAGCCUGGUGUGCAUGAAGUCCAGCAGCUCAGUGGUGGAGCUCGUCAUGCUCCUGUGUUCUCAGGAAUGGCAGAACUCCAUCCAGAAGAAUGCGGGUCUCGCCUUUAUCGAGUUGGUCAACGAAGGCAGGCUGCUGAGCCACACCAUGAAGGACCACCUGGUUCGUGUGGCUAAUGAAGCAGAAUUUAUCCUCAGCCGACAGAGAGCCGAAGACAUCCAUAAACAUGCAGAGUUUGAGUCGGCCUGUGCUCAGUACGCGGCGGAGAAGCGGGACGAGGAGAAAAUGUGCGACCACUUGAUCCGGGCGGCCAAGUACCGCGAUCACAUGACCGCCACACAGCUCAUCCAGAAGAUAGUCAACAUCCUGACCGACAAACACGGCGCCUGGGGCAGCUCCUCCAAAAGCCGGCCGAGGGAGUUCUGGCGCCUGGACUACUGGGAGGACGAUUUAAGGCGGCGGCGGCGCUUCAUCAGGAACCCCUUCGGAUCCACUCACUCGGAGGCCACGCUCAAAGCCGCGGCCGAGCACGUGGCUUAUAUCAGUGCUCCCGAGGAGGAUGUUCUCAAAGGCAAGCAGUCCAUCCGGGGCCAGGCUCUGGGAAAUCAAAACUCCGAGAGCGAGGCGUUGCUCGACGGAGACGAUGACACUAUGUCGUCCUUGGAGGACAAGGACCUCGAGAACUUAACAGGCCCGGUGAACCUGAGCACCGGCGCCCAGCUGGUGGCUCCGGCCGCGGUGGUGAGAGGCACCCUGUCCGUCACCGCCUCCGAGCUCUACUUCGAGGUGGACGAGGACGAGCCGGGCUUCAAGGCCAUCGAUCCAAAGAUUUUAGCCUACACCGAAGGCCUUCAUGGGAAGUGGCUGUUCACAGAGAUCCGCGCGGUCUUCUCCAGACGCUACCUGCUGCAAAACACCGCUCUGGAAAUCUUCCUGGCCAACAGAACAGCAGUCAUAUUCAACUUUCCAGAUGCGGCCACAGUAAAGAAGGUGGUCCACAGUCUUCCGCGUGUCGGCGUGGGCACGAACUUUGGCCUCCCGCAGACCAGACGCAUAUCGCUGGCCACACCAAAGCAGCUAUUCAAGGCCUCCAACAUGACCCAGCGCUGGCAGCGCCGCGAGAUAUCCAACUUCGAUUACCUCAUCUUUCUCAACACCAUCUCUGGCCGGACCUAUAAUGACCUGAACCAGUACCCGGUCUUCCCUUGGGUUAUCACCAACUACGACUCAGAAGAGCUUGACUUGACUCUGCCCAGCAACUUCAGAGAUCUGUCCAAGCCCAUUGGUGCUCUGAACCCCAAGAGGGCAGCAUUCUUUUCAGACCGAUACGAGUCCUGGGAGGACGAGCAGGUGCCGAAGUUCCACUAUGGAACCCACUACUCCACCUCCAGCUUCACCAUGAUGUGGCUGCUGCGUAUCGAACCCUACACCACGUUUUUUCUGAACUUCCAAGGAGGGAAGUUUGACCACGCUGACCGCACUUUCUCCUCAGUGUCCCGCGCCUGGAGGAACUGCCAGAGAGACACAUCUGAUGUCAAGGAGCUGAUCCCAGAGUUCUACUACCUCCCCGAGAUGUUUGUCAACGCCAACGAUUACAACCUGGGAGUGAUGGAGGACAGCGCCGUGGUUUCUAAUGUGGAGCUGCCACCUUGGGCCAAGAGCCCAGAGGAGUUUGUACGCAUCAAUCGCCUGGCUCUGGAGAGCGAGUUCGUGUCCUGCCAGCUCCACCAGUGGAUCGAUCUGAUCUUCGGCUACAAGCAGCAGGGACCCGAAGCCACCAGAGCCCUCAAUGUUUUCUACUAUCUGACCUACGAGGGCGCGGUCGACCUCAGCUCAAUCAACGACCCCAUGCUCAGAGAGGCUGUGGAGUCUCAAAUUAGGAGUUUUGGACAGACCCCCUGCCAGCUGCUCAUCGAACCGCACCCACCCAGAAGCUCAGCCAUGCAAGUGUAUCUUCUCCUGCAGACCCCGCUGAUGUUUACGGAGCAGAUGCAGCAGGACGUCAUCAUGGUGCUGAAGUUCCCGUCCAACUCUCCCGUGACCCACGUAGCGGCCAACACUCAGCCCGGUCUAGCGUCGGCUGCAACCAUCACCGUCACCGCCAACCGCAUCUUCGCCGUCAACAAGUGGCACGGCUUGACUGGUCAUCAGAGCUCAACGGCGCAGGACCAGCAGUACCAACUUCCUGUGGAAAUUGACCCUCUGAUAGCCAGCAACGUGGGCAGCCAUCGCCGCCAGAUCUCUGACCUGCUAGAUCAAAGCAUUCAGAUCAGCUCGCAGUGUUUCGUCAUCACGGCCGACAACCGCUUCAUCCUGCUGUGCGGUUUUUGGGACAAGAGCUUCCGGGUUUAUUCGACCGACUCAGGCAAACUGACUCAGAUCGUGUUCGGGCAUCGCGACGUGGUGACGUCCCUCGCUCGCUCCGAGUCCUACAUCGGAGGAGACUGCUACGUGCUGUCGGGCUCCAGAGAUGCCACCCUGCUGCUGUGGUACUGGAACGGAAAGCUCAACAGCAUUGGAGAAAGCCCCGGCACGGAGUUCACUACACCUCGGGCCAUCCUGACGGGCCACGACUGCGAAGUGACGUGUGCGAGCGUGUGCGCAGAGCUCGGCCUCGUCAUCAGCGGCUGCAAAGAGGGUCCUUGUCUGAUCCAUUCCAUGAAUGGGGACCUGCUGCGGACCCUGCAGGGCCCGGAGCAGUGCCUGCGGCCCCGCCUCAUCCAGGCCUCCGCCGAGGGCCACUGCGUCAUCUACUACGACAAGGGACACUUCUGUCACUUCAGCGUCAACGGCAAGCUGCUCGGCCACAUGGAGGUGGAGGACAGCAUCAAGGCCAUGUAUCUGAGUCGGGACGGCCAGUACCUGCUGACGGGCGGCGACGGAGGGGUGGUGUCCGUCUGGCAGGUGCACAACCUCAAACAGCUGUUCACCUACCCGGGCUGCGACGCGGGAAUCCGCUCUAUGACCAUGUCACAUGACCAAAGGUGCAUCAUAACUGGCAUGGCGUCCGGGAGCAUCGUGCUCUUCUACAACGACUUCAACAGGUGGCACCACGAGUACCAGACCCGGUACUGAGCCUGGACCUGGACCCGAGCAGCGUGCGCGCUCAUCAAAGGCACUAUUCUGUCCGUAUCCUGAAUGUAUCUCAGUGAAAGAAGCAACUCCUGUCCCGUUGUAGUAAAAGAAUCUGAACUAUUUUUAAAAUAAAAGGGCAUUGCUAUAUUUUGUAGAAGGGAUAGGAAUCUUUCAUAUAAAUCACAGGGGGUGGGUUGUGUUACUGUGCGGUUAAAAACAGAUCUAUUUUUAGCUGUGAGAGUCUAUUUUCGUCUCCUCUGGAAAACAAACUCUGGAUUGGUGAGGAGCUGGUGAGAACCUUUACUGACACAAAAGUCCAAAUAUUUGUGUAUUUUAGGGUGAGUGAUUUUUCUUCUUUCCUGUAGGUGUGUGUGUGGGGAUUUAUCAAGCUAUCAUUCACUUUUAACAUGCUUUUUUGACAACACAGUUGGUAUUUAGGAAUUAUUUGAAUAAGAAUAUUGGACAGAAGGCUAGACAGAGGGAAUAUAAAUACCUAUGUAUUCUAUUAAAUUGUACUCCUCCAUAUUUAAGAUAUCCAUUCCCUCUGUACUUCUUUUGCUUGCUAAGAGAUUUCUGUGCAUGACUCACAUGAAACAUCAUGAUUUAAUACUUCAAAAGACUAAAAAACGUCCCACUCAGUGAUCCUAAAGAGUCGGAUGUCAGAGUCCUGUCAAAGUGACUGAAUAAGCAAAAGGGGGGGUGGGGAGGGGAGAGUCUUUAUUGAUGUCUGUGACGAAAAGACUGAGUGUAUGACAUCACUAACAGGAUGACGUCGUAACAAGUGCCCAAACCACCCUAAUUUAUAUCCAGAGUCCUCUUUGAGUCCCGUCUCUCUAACAGCAGAGUGAGAUGUGCAAUGACAGGAAGGACCCUCCUUCUCUCACAGGAUGAGUGAUUAGGUUCCGAUGCGACUCAUCAAUCGCAACGAAUUUUCCUUUAAUCCACGCUCAAAUAAAUGUCCACUUGUAUCUCUUGAUUUUGGGGGGAAAUGUUCAUUUGAAGUUUGUGCUUUAAUGUGGUUUGAAGUUCUGGUUGUAUAAGAACUACGGUUAACUAUCAACCAGAGGUUUUUUUUGCAAUCAUUUGAGUGUUUGUGUGGCGAGUUCUGACAAUAAAAUGGCAUUUUAUAACUUGAA